GCCAUAUUUUAUCUGACAUGUUUUGUCUAAUGUCAAAUGAUGUUAUGAUUAUUAUGUUUAUAACCUUAAAAAUUUUUGUCAUUUACAAUAUUUAAAGACGUAAAAAUGCUUGGCUGCAAAUUAAAAAAUUCCGUUCUAUACGCGAGAUGCAAGUGACGUUGGGUGUAUAAAUAAAUAAAUAAAUGCAACUGUAGGUAAUUUUUUAAAUCAUAAUCCAAAAAAUACAUUCGCCCAGUUACAUUUAUUCACUCCAUAGCAGACAGAUAUGGACGCGGGACAUAAAAUUGAUAUUCAAUUGGGUCCUAUAAGUAUUGACAUGAUUGAAGAAAAUCUUUAUUUGGGCGGUCUAGCUGCUGCAAAGAACCUGGAGGUCCUAAAGAAGCACAAUAUAACUCAUAUCCUGACUAUAGAUGUUUGUCCAUUACCUAGAAAUGUUACAGAACAGAAAUAUUUAGUUACAAGGUUUAUCCAGUUAUCAGAUCAACCUAAAGAAGAUCUGCUAUCAUGUUUUGAUGAAACUGACUUGUUUAUUAAAGAAGGUAUGGCCAAAGGUAGUGUUUUGGUCCAUUGCUAUUUCGGUGUAUCAAGAAGUGCCACUGUGGUCAUUGCUCAUAUCAUGAAAAAAUACAAUUUGAGCUAUUUCGAAGCAUUUGAUAAGGUAAAGUCUAAAAGAAAAAUAAUUUUUCCCAAUUUGGGAUUCGUGUCCCAACUAAAAUUGUAUAAAGAGAUGGAUUAUAAUAUAGAUUAUAAAAAUAUGCAUUACAAAAUUUAUAAAUUAACCUUAGCAGCAGACAGGGUGAGAAAAGUUAAGAUUUUACCACAGGAAUACCACAAUUUGAUCCAACCUGAUCCAGAUGUUGAACAGAUUGAGCCAGAACCAAAUGUGUACAGGUGCAAAAAGUGCAGAAGAGUCCUAGCUGCUGAAUCGAAUUUAAUAUUCCAUCAAAAUAAUGGAGAAAAUUGUAGAGAAACAUACUUUAUUGAGCCAAUUACUUGGAUGAAUGUAACUCAAAUGGACCAAGGUAAACUCUUGUGUCCCAAAUGCUCUAGCAAGUUGGGAUCCUUUAGCUGGAUUAUGGGGUGCCAGUGUCCUUGUGGAACAAAAGUGGCGCCCGCUUUCUACCUCACCCCUUCCAAAGUAGAUUUUAGUAAUGUUAUUAAAAAUGUUGAGAUUACAUGUUAGAUUGUUUAUUUUAUUUUUUUAAUUUGUGCUAAUGUGAAAAAACACGUUUAGUAUUAUUAUCUAAAAAGCAUUUAAUGUUUACAAAACCACAGAAAUAAAUACUUGAUUCUA